AUGGCUACAGGCUCCUGGACCUCCAUGCUCCUGGCCUUUGCCCUGCUCUGCCAGCCCUGGCCUCCGGAGACGGAUGCUUUCCCUACCAUACCCUUGUCCAGUCUGUUUGCCAACGCCGUGCUCCGGGCCCAGCACCUGCACCAACUGGCCACCGAAACAUUCAAGGAGUUUGAACGUGCCUACAUCCCUGAGGGUCAGAGGUACCUGAUGCAGAAUGCUCAGCUCGCCUUCUGCUUCUCAGAGGCCAUCCCGGCCCCCACAGGCAAGGAUGAGGCUCAGCAGAAAUCCGACAUGGAUCUGCUUCGCUUCUCACUGCUGCUCAUCCAGUCCUGGCUUGGGCCAGUCCAGUUCCUCAGCAGGGUCUUCACCAACAGCCUGGUGUUUGGCACCUCGGACCGCGCCUAUGAGAAGCUGAAAGACCUGGAGGAAGGCAUCCAGGCCCUGAUGCGGGAGCUGGAAGAUGGCAGCCCCCGCACUGGGCAGAUCCUCAAGCAAACCUAUGAAAAGUUUGACACAAACUUACGCAGUGAUGACGCACUGCUCAAGAAUUAUGGGCUACUGUCCUGCUUCAAGAAGGACCUGCACAAGACAGAGACAUACCUGAGGCUCAUGAAGUGUCGCCGCUUUGUGGAAAACAGCUGUGCCUUCUAG